AUGGAAGAGUCGAGUGUGGAGACCGUCUUUAUGAUCCGCUCGGCUUUGUAGCCGUAUCCCGGCCGCCAGUAGUCGCUCAUGUUCAUCAUCUGGAUCCACUGGGGGCUCCAAGUCCAGGAUUUCCAUGGAUCCGGAACAAAACUUGAGCCUCCAGAGAGUGUGCGUCGAUCAGCGUUUGGUCUACGCCGCUGCCAUCUAUAACGACGCCGCUGGUGUUGAUCACUAUGGACUUCUUACCGAGACACGGUGUUUAUUGCCGCUUGCAGCGCCUCUGUGUCGUCGCUGCUGCCGCCACCACCAGGAAACAACGUUACCUUCACUGGAGGAGCCGGGGGAAUGGGAUCCAUCCCACCUCGGUAGCCAACCGCGGAGAAAUCCAUUAUCCUGUCACCUUGCCAGGUUGAUCGCUCUUGCAAGACUCAGGAAAGACGAGAGCAGCAGCAAGAACUUGAGGGUCUCCAUCACUGCGUGGGAGCGGUGCUUUGCGGCAAGGUACUAUAUAUCAACUGGCCCAAGCUUUUGGAGGCUUUUGGUGGGAGAGCGAUCUUCAUUAUGUGCAGUCAUCGGUGGACUCGGAAACAUUUUCCUGCUAGCUGUAAAGAAUUGGUACCUUUGGCUCAUUCCAUCCAUAAUUGACUAUACUGUCGAGCUUUUGCAACUUGUUGUAAGUCGGCAAAAUAAAUCGGUUUCUCUGGCACGCGCGGUCGCUUUCUUUGGACAGCCGGAAGAUUGUUGCAACUUAGAAGGUUUCGCAGCAAAGGGAAGUCGUGUUUCACGAUGAACGUCCGGUUUCGUGGUCCCAAAUAUUCAACUAACCGGGUACGUCUUUCGCUGUUACUUGUGUAACAAGUCUUGGUUGCGUUGUGUGAGGUUUCUAGCAAUAGAGUAGAGCAAUGUACUCUCGGAAAUUUAAUUCGAAACUUCUUC